GUAUUGUUUAUAAGAACACGGAUUAACCUCUCAAUUAUUACCAUAGUUCUCCUAAUUCCAAAAGAAAAAAAAAGAAACAAUUUAAUCAUAAAGUUUACAAGGGUGUCUUCAUUGUGGGACUCUUUAAGUGCAAACCCCACCCCACAUCUUCUUUUUACUUGUUAUCCUUUUCAGAUGGAGAGUUGCAGAAAUUGAGUCUGACAAGAAAGCAACUCCCCAAGCCUAAGCUGCCAAGAUAGACAUGUGAGUCUGUUCUCAUGCUCUCAUGUAUCCCCCAACCUCUAGUAUUUUAUCCAUUCUUUGAUGGAAUUUUCAGCAUCAGAAAUUUAGCAAGGAAAAGAACUAAAUCGAAUACCCAGAUCGAUACUUUGAUAAAUACAUAGAAAGAAGAAAGAUAAAUCUGUGAUUAGUUUUUGAAGGAACUUCAAUUCUCUGAAAUCAAUGGCGACGUACUUUCAUGGAAGCUCAGAAAUCCAAGCUGAUGGCCUGCAGACACUUUAUCUCAUGAACCCAAACUACGUAGGGUACUCUGACACACACCCACCACAACCGGCCAAUAUGCUCUUCUUCAAUUCCGCCACUGGAGACGCGCCAAACACCGCAAGUAUACCACACGCGCCACCGUCACAUAACCAAUUCAUGGUGGCUGUCUCUAAUCUGGCAACGACGUCAACCAUUGGAUCACCCAAUUCUGAAGAGCCGAACCGUCUUUCAGUACAUACCCAACAUGAAAUUCCUAGCCUGCAUGGCUUUGUCCCUCGUUUCCACUACAAUUUAUGGGGCUCAGAAGAUCAAACCGGACCCCGAAGCCAUCCAACGGUGGCGGUGAGCAAUUCCGGUGGCGGUGGAACCACUGAUAUUGCUUUGCAGUUGGGGUUUCGCCAGCCGGCACUGUCACCGGUACAGAAAGGUUUGUCUUUAAGCCUUUCCCCACAACCGCCAGGUUACAGGUUUCUUUCCACUGAUCAUGAAAUUCCAAUGCAAAAUCCAGUUGGGAUGAUAUCUCCGGGAGCCGGAGACGAUAUCCGGGCCUCCGGCUGUUCAUCAUCAUCAGUGUCCGUGGUUUCUAAUGGGUUUUCUAGUAUCCAAACUACGAUUUUGGGAUCUAGGUAUCUGAAGGCUGCACAACAGCUUCUGGAUGAAGUUGCUAAUGUUGGAGAGAGAAACAAGAAUGAAACUGGGGAGGGGUCUAAGGAGAAAUUGAAGAUGAAGAUGAAGAUGAAGAAAGAAUCAAUGGCUGUGGCUGGUGAGACGAGAAGUGGAGAAGAAAGUAGGGCUAAGGGUGUGGCUGAGCUUACAACUGCUCAAAGACAGGAGCUUCAAAUGAAGAAGGCUAAGCUUGUUAGCAUGCUUGAUGAGGUGGAGCAAAGAUACAGACAUUACCAUCACCAAAUGCAAAUUGUGGUUGCUUCAUUUGAGCAGGCUUCAGGGUUUGGGUCAGCAAAGUCCUACACUGCACUUGCUUUACAAACAAUCUCAAAGCAAUUUCGAUGUUUAAAAGAUUCAAUCACUGCACAAAUCAAAGCCACGACCAAGAGCUUGGGUGAGGAGGAAUCUUUAGGAGGGAAGGUUGAGGUUUCAAGACUGAAAUUCGUCGAUCAUCAGCUUCAACAGCAACAACGGAGUUUACAACAGUUGGGGAUGGUGCAACACAAUAAUUCUGCUUGGAGACCCCAAAGAGGGUUGCCUCAAAGAGCUGUUUCUUUUCUUCGUGCUUGGCUCUUCGAGCACUUCCUUCAUCCUUAUCCCAAGGAUGCAGACAAACAAAUGCUUGCUAAACAAGCAGGGUUAACAAAGAGCCAGGUCUCUAACUGGUUCAUUAAUGCUCGAGUUCGGCUUUGGAAGCCUAUGGUUGAGGACAUGUACAUGGAGGAAUUCAAGGGUCAAGAGCAUACUGUUUCUGAAGAUAACAGAACUCAUAGUGAACCAACCAAAGUUUCAGUGUCAAAAUCCACUGCUCCACAAGCAAGCAGUGCAAUUGCAAUGGAUCAAAGCAUCAGUCUCCAGUCCAAGAAAGAUAAAAAAAUCGACCACAAAUCUCUUCCAACAGAACUAUCAAAUUCCAAUCUUACAAAAUCUACCACUGGAGGUUCCCUUCAAGCUCAAACAGGCUUUGCUUUCAUCGGGUCACCAAACUUGGAUGGAAUGGUUCAAAGAAAUCCAAAGAAACCAAAAAAUUCUGACAAGACGCAGAAUUCUCCUAGUAGUAUUCUUUCAACGGACAUCGAGCCUAACCUGUCAAACAAGGCAAUACAUGAAAAGUUUGGUGAUUACCCUUUAAUGGCAGGAACAACCGGCAAUGGUGGUGGAUUUGGCACAUACCCAAUUGGAGAACUCAGAAUGUUUGAUGCAGAACAAUUGGCAUUGAGAUUUCAUGGGAAUGGUGUUUCACUCUCUCUUGGCCUUCCCCACAGUGAAAGCCUCUCUCUAACAAGAGGCCACCAAAACUACCUCUCCAACCAAAACAUCCAGUUGGGAACUGGACUUGAAAUGGGAACUGUGGAAGCUCAUUAUAAUGCAAUUGGCAGCCCACAAGCUUCCCAAACAAACAAUGGUUAUGAGAACAUCAACACGCAGAACAGAAACAGGUUUUCUGCUCAACUGUUACCAGAUUUUGUGACAUGAUGGAUUCAAGGGUAAGACUAUGGUAUCGAGCAAUCGCACUGGAAAAUAUAAUAUUUUUAAGGAUCAAAUUAUAAUUUUUUUUGAGUCAAGUUACAACUGAAAAAUUAUGAUUAAUCACAAAAAAUGUAACUUUUAAAUAUCAAGUUACAUCUUUUAAAUGUUAUUUGUGAUCGAUCAUAAUAGUCCAUGAUUGGUGAUGAUAUUAGUUGUAAUUUGACAAUUAAAAUUAUAACUUUGACCUCAAAUGUUUUAAUUUUUGGUACGAAAAAUCUCAAUCAGUGAGAGGUACGCUUGCCCCUUGAUUCAUUGAACACCCAUUUUCUGCUCUCUUUUACGAUUGUAUGAUUUGCUGCAAUAUCUGUUGGAGCAUAGCUGGUAACUUCAAGUACACUUUUCGGUUCCCCUUUCAGCUGCCUCAUGGGUAAAUGGGGGGAUUCAUGCAUACUGUAUUUUAGAAGUAACCUUAGAAUUGGUGCAUAGAUGUAGAUACAACUUGUUUUCUUAAAUAGCUCGAAUGUAUAAGCUUGAGGAAUGUAUAAAAGAAAUGUUCAUUGCUUGAUAGCUUUCUUGGAUAUGAACAUUAGUCAUCUAGAUUGCAAACCUGAAUAUUGUAACUUUGAGAUUAUUCCAAGUAAAUGUGUGCAUAUAUGUUUAUAUAUGCGUUCGUGUCAUAUUUUUUAUUUUUUUUGGGGGAGG